CGUCUGCCCUUGCUUCGCUGCCCAAGGUGCACGUCGAGACAGCUUAAGUUCUGGUCUCUACGCCUGCGCAGAAACCGCUACAUCGAGUCCAAAUGUCAACCGAUAUUGCAUACCAACCGUCGCUUUCCCCGUCGUUGCGAAACGAGGACAGCUUCGGGCGCUCGUCCAUCGCAUCUUUACCAACGCGGCAGUACGACAGCCUGGCCGCUAUCGCACGCCCUGAAGUUCAUGCUCCUACUUUCGCACCUACCUGGCGUCGAACCCUGUCUAACCUGAGUCGGAGAAAAGGCGGGGUUAGAUUUCGGGAUGAAGUCGAGGUGAGGGAGGCCGAACCUGGGUUGCGUGAGGAACGGAGCCAUACGUCAACGCCGUGGGACGGGACGCUGUUACUAACUCUCGAUGGGGAAGGCAUUCGUGGUUUGUCUACAUUGGUCGUUCUGGAACUUCUGAUGGAAGCUAUCGAAGUGGAAGAAAAGCGCCUGGAUCCUGAUUCGCGAUGUAGCGCCGAUUCACCACGGCUUGGAAAGUCCGAUCGCGCUUCUGUAGCAAAAUGGGGGUAUCUUCCCAGUCACUACUUUGACUUCAUCGGCGGAACAAGUACUGGAGGGCUGCUGGCGAUAAUGCUCGGGAGGCUUCGCAUGGACGUCAAGGCUUGCUGGAAGUGGCUCGAGCAGCUCAAUGCUGAGCCCGAAUCGAAGAACCCUUUUGUCUCCCUGAUCCCGUUCCCGAAGCCCAAAAAGGCGUGGUCAAAGGCGCGAUACGACGCAACCUUCGACCAGAUCCUCUCGGAGCGUUCCCAGACACCCAGGUCUCCUCCAGCCUCACCCACGAACAGCCGUGCACUUCAGCACCCCGAUACUGCAGGCGCAAAAGGGAGUAGCGAAAAGGCAUAUUUCAAGUCAAGCUCUUCGCGUUGUAAAACAAUCGCCAUAGCGUUACGAAUAGAUGGUAGUUUUGCCAGACCAUACGUGUUCCGUUCGUACAGUACCAAACCACAGCUAUCUCUGCGGCGGACUCCCACAAGCAUGAGUCUCAAGAACAGUCUUUCUGUCGAGAAUGUCGCCAAAGCCAUCAUGGCCCCCCCUUCCAAGCCGUUCGAGAUCGACGAAGACGGCUAUGUAGAUGCCUCGACGUAUGCCCGAAAUCCAACGGUUGAGAUUUUCCACGAAGUAGAACGCUUUGAGCGGAGCGAAGCAAUAAGGCCAUUCGGGGUUGGGACGAUUUUGAGUAUAGGUGUUGAAUCGAAGAACCACAACAAGGCCCGGGAUCCUCUCAUCAAAGCGCUAGCUCGCACUACCGAAAAGGUCGACGAACGAAUACACCUGUUGAUGGGGGGUGUUGACGAUCGAUACUGCCGGAUAAAGGUGCCAGCCCUAUUCAAUGACAAGGCACAGGGCACAAAGCCGUUGGUCGAACUCCGAAAAGACUCCAAGGAAACAAUACAUGAAUUGAAGGAGACGAGGGAAAGGAUCGGACAGAUGGCGCGGGACUUGGUCAGGAGGCGCAAGGAGCGGGCUAUCACUCCUGCGUGGGAAUCUUUUGCUCUUGGGGUAACAUACACCUGCAGCAAGCCUGGGUGCACGGAUAAGAAGUUUGAGGACAGGCAGUCUCUUCUCAGGCACUGGAUCCGGAAGCAUGGAUACGAUUAUCCAGAUCCUUCCACCAUUGACGAGGUUGAGGCAGAACUCGACGACAGCCAGAAGUUUGACGAGUCAUAGAUUUCCCACUGUAUUCUAGUUUCUUAGCAGCAUAUGAGGGAU